AUGGCUCCUUCCGCUAUAGAUGAACAAAUCCCAACCGAAAAGAUCGCUAUUAAGCCAUGGAGCCGACCUGCGCCUACUAAUGAAAAGCUUGAUUGGGCACCCCUAGUUGAGAUCGAUCUUUCUCGUUUCGACGAACCGGGUGGAAAGGAAGAGCUCGCAAAGCAAUUAUACGAUGCUGUGACCCGAGUCGGAUUUUGGGUAGUCAUCGGACACGGACUCGACGACGAGCGUAUCCUCCGCCAAUUCAGUAUCGGCAAUGCAUUUUUCAAAGAGAAUCUCGAGGAAAAGCGAAGCUUCGAAUGCAAUUUUGCCGCAGGCGAGUAUUUCGGCUACCGUGAAAACUCAAGAUGGAUUGGAGAAACGGGUGUGAAAGACAAUAUAGAAAUGCUCAAUGUUCCCAAAGCCAUCCCCGCAUGGAAAGAUGUUCCUAAACACAGAAUCGUCCGUCAGCACUACGAUGAGAUUUCCAGCUUCCAUCGUGAUCUUUUCGACAAGGUUAUCCGCAAGCUAUUUGUCUUGAUGGCUAUCAUCCUAGAAUUACCAGAAGACCACUUAGUCCAGGCCCACGCCUAUGACAAGCGCUCUGAUGAUCACUUGCGAUACAUGAUCUACAACACUCGCACUCAAGAGGAAUGGGACAAGGCGCAGGCGUACACUAAGGGCGGUCACACGGACUUUGGUAGUUUGACUCUGCUCUUCUCGCAACAUGUUGCUGGCUUGCAGAUCCGGACGUCAGAUGGGGAAUGGAAAUACGUCAAGCCUGUUGAUGGUGGGAUUACGUGUAAUAUUGCUGACACAUUAUCGUUCCUUACCAAUGGCUUUCUCAAAUCGACGAUCCAUCGUGUUGUUACACCUCCCAGAGAUCAGAUCGAUAUCCCCCGUCUGGGGUUGCUCUAUUUCUGUAGACCGGGUGAUCAUACCGUGAUGAGAACUGUGCCCUCGCCUUUGCUUGAUCGUCUUGGUCUUCUAACUGAAGAAGAUAAAAACCAAAGUACCCCUGCCCCCACAGGAACUGAGUAUGUUCGAGCGAGGGUUCGAGAUGUUCAUCAUAAGACUGUGAUUGAUCGCCGAGAGAAUACUUCAUUCGAGUUCAAAGGACUGAAAGUGCCGAAUUAUUAUCAGUGA